AUUCCCCAGCACAAAGAUACAGAAGCCUCUCGAGAGCCAGGAACUCCAGUUGUGCUUCCUGUUGCUCUCAGAAUGAUGAUGAUAGGAGUUGCCUUGAGCGUGGCUCUGCUGGCACACAGCUCCUUCAGUGCACCUAUCACUUCGCUAUUUGUAACGUUCCCUGGGGAACAGAACAUGACUGAAUCCGAACUGGCAACGAACUACUUGCAGAGGUUUGGGUAUCUAAAUUUAAAAAGCUCAAACAAUGCAAUGGUUAGCCUAAAAUUAGCCAUCACAAAGAUGCAGAAAACCCUGGGGCUGCCUGAAACAGGAGAACUGGAUAAGAUCACAUUCAGUGCCAUGAAACAGCCUCGGUGCGGUGUUCCUGAUGUACUUAACUACAAUACAUUUGAUGAUGAAAAAUGGAAGCGUAACAAUUUGACUUACAGAGUUAUGAGCUACACUCCUGACUUGGACCCACUUGUUGUUGAUGAUGCAUUUGCUCGCGCACUUAAAUUGUGGAGUGAUGUCACGCCAUUAACAUUCACUAGAAUCUACAGCGGAGAAGCAGACAUCAUGAUUCAGUUUGGAAAACAAUGGCAUGGAGACCCAUAUCCAUUUGAUGGGAAGGAUGGUCUCUUGGCGCAUGCCUACCCACCAGGCGAAAACGUCUAUGGCAGCCUGCACGGCGAUGCACAUUUUGACGACGAUGAGUUCUGGACCUUGGGGAAAGGAGCAGUGGUUAAAACUCGUUACGGCAAUGCUGAUGGAGCUUUCUGCCAUUUUCCCUUUACAUUUGACGGAAAGACAUACAAGACUUGUACCGCAGAUGGGAGAGGAGAUGGGUAUAUCUGGUGUGCCACGACCGCAGAUUACGAUAAAGACCAGAAAUAUGGAUUCUGCCCAUAUGAAUUGUUAUACACCAUUGGCGGCAACAGCGACAGUUUGCCUUGUGUACUCCCCUUUGUAUUCGACGGCAAGAGUUAUGAUAAGUGCACAUCUGAGGGACGUCAGGAUGGUUACAGGUGGUGUGCCACGACCAGCAACUUUGACGUGGAUAAAAAAUAUGGCUUUUGCCCCAGUAGAGCUAAUGCUGUGAUUUCUGGAAAUUCUGAUGGAGAGCAGUGUUCAUUCCCUUUCAUAUUCCUUGGCAAAAAAUAUGAUGCAUGCACUACCGACGGCAGAUCGGAUGAGCAGCUCUGGUGUGCAACCACCAGCAACUUCGAUGAAGACAAAAAGUGGGGUUUCUGUCCCAAUGCUGGAUACAGCCUCUUUUUAGUGGCAGCUCAUGAGUUUGGUCAUUCCCUGGGACUAGAUCAUUCCACUCUCAAAGAUGCUCUGAUGUACCCAAUGUACAAAUAUGAAGAAAACUUCAAAUUGCCCAGUGAUGACAUUGCAGGAAUCCAGCAUCUCUAUGGACAGAAGCCUGGUCCAACAGCACCUACCUCUACAACAAUGGCACCAAUUUCAACAACUGUGCCUACCACAGCCUACCCCACAACCAAGCCAGUUGCAGACAUUUGCAAUGUGAAUAUUUUUGAUGCAGUUGCAAGUAUAAAGGGAACACUUCAUUUUUUCAAAAAUGGAAAUGUCUGGAAGCUUACAUCAGUAAAGAAAGUUAUCACGGGAAAAAUUCCAAUUGCAAAGCUGUGGCCAAAAGCUCCUUCCAACAUUGAUGCUCUAUUUGAAGAUAUAAAUGCACAGAAGGUCUACAUUUUCUCAGGGAGAUCAUACUGGGUAUUUUCUGGCAAGAGUCUUGAGUCGGGCUAUCCCAAGGACAUCGGCAAACUGGGCAUUGAUACCAGUGUUGAACGGAUAUUCGGUGCAGUUAUGAAAGGCCAAAAGAAAGUGCAGCUCUUUGGUGGGCAGAAGGUUUGGAGGCUCGAUAUGAUGACACAGAAAGUUGAUAGGAUCAGCCCGAUUGAUCGCACUUUCCAGCAUGUGCCGAUUGAUGCUGAUACUGUAUUCAGGCACAAAAAGAACAUCUACUUCCUGCAAGGAAAGUACUUCUGGAAAAUGGACCAGUAUUAUCGGAUUACUUUUGUGGGAUACAUCAAGAGUGACCUACUGAAUUGUAAAGAAUAAAAUUUCAACCUCAGGUGCAGCAUUAUCUUGAGGAAGAAUUGUUGUUUAAUUUAAAGUGUUUACAUUAUUCUGUCAUAUUUUGGGAUCACAGUGUAAUCCUUCAGUUUUAUUCUGCUUUCAAUUUUACUGGGUUUCAGUUUGUUCUUGAAGGAUAAGAAACCUGUGCCAUACGUUUUACCAAGGAGAGGGGGUGAAUUUAUAAAACCCAGUCAAAUUGGAUCCGCAAUUGAAUUAAAGGAUUAGGUGAUGACAGACAGUACUUUUUUUUAAUUCAUCACUUGUAAAAGAUAAAUUAAUUGACUUUUUGAUUGCAUGAGUCUUUAGUCAAGCUGAGUCAAGUACCUGUUAGACAACCUAAAUCUAGAAUUUGGUUUGGAAUGCUCACUCUACAUGCAACUAAUGUUAAGUCACAUCAGUAUGACAUUCUGUGUAAGGCAUGAACCUGAAGCAAAUGCAAAUCCAUGUUGAUUCAAUACAAGUUAUAAAGAAGGCUGCACUCCAGUUGUCACUGGAAUACUUGUUGUGCUAUUAUGUGACAUGUAAUGGGGUUGGUUGCAACAGAGUGCAAGAGAGCUCAAAUAUGUCUCUUAAAGAUAAUGGGAAAAAACAUUAUCCCUACAACAACCCCAACCAUUUUUUGUAUUGUUUACUGCAAAUACAGAUACUUUUUAUAUCUUAUACAAAAUUUAUUAUUUAUUCUAAUUUCUAUGUUUAUUUUUUUCUACUUGGGGAGUUUUGGAUAGAUCUUCCUAGGAUGUUUGGCAAUGCAGAGUUCCAGCUGUUGAUCGGUAUAAUGGACAGAUGCAUUGCAAUGAUAGUCAUGCUGUUUGUGUAUUUCACUGGCGCUGCUCCCCAUCAGUGUGUUUAAAAUCAUUGUCACUUCCACCAAUCAUGCCAUCAGAUAGAUGUUUUAAUAGUAUUUCUACCAACUAACAAUGUAGCUUGAUAAUCACUGCUUUGCCAUGAUUGCACUGAACUCGGGAAGAGGCCUUAAUCAUAUAAACCUCCGUCUCGACAUCUGAAGGGAUCCCUUUGUAUAACUCACGUUGGCUGUUGGAUUGUAAAAGUUUAAUAUUGGAUAUUGUUCUCUCUCAACACUGAUUCUCAUCUCAGCACGCAGAGGUCAGGAUAGCAUAGACCAAGAUCUUUUGAUCCAUUGUUUUUGAAGUUUCCAGUGUAGCUUUCCUUUAGCACAAUAGAGUUAUUAAAUGUUAAUUGUGUCCAUUUAGUUUGCUUAUCCAAAUGGUGCUGACGUUUUAUGUACAGUUAUAUUUGCGUUUCCCUUUUAUUUGCUACUACUAAGUUUAACAUCCCUUGGUAUGUAAAAGAACUUGCAAAUAUUUUUAUGCAUUUUUAAUAUGAAUUAAUUUAAAGUUUAAACAAUGUAAUUGAAAUUAAAUUAUGAUUUUGAAUGCUUAUCAUCUAAUAAACUGCUUGUUGCACAUCA